AAAAAAAAAGAUGCGUAACCUUGUUGUAUUUGGUGGCUCUUCACAUCCUGAGUUUACAGAAAAAGUAUGCAGCCAUUUAGGUAUUCCACCUGGAAAGACACGUUUAAGCAAGUUUUCGAAUAAUGAGACCAGUGUAGAAAUGAAAGAAUCAGUUCGUGAACAAGAUGUAUAUAUUAUUCAAAGCGCAUGUGGCAAUGUCAAUGAUAAUUUCAUUGAAUUACUCAUCAUGAUAAAUGCAUGUAAGAUAGCAUCGGCCAAGCGUAUUACUGCCGUUAUUCCUUGUUUCCCUUAUUCUCGUCAACCUGAUGUUCCCUUUAAACAGUCUGGAGAACCACUUACAUUUUUGCCUCCCCAGACUCCUCUAUCAGAACAACCUCCUAGUAAACCAGAGGAGGAUAUGUCGAGUCAAUUAUUACGUAAAUUGGGUCAAGCUGCUAUGGACCAACAAGAGGCCGAGAAAAAGGGAAAAGAAGAGAAAGUCCCUUAUCGUGAAUGGCGUGCUCGUCCAGGCGUUUUAAUCGCAGAUCUUUUAACUUGUGCAGGAGCGGAUCAUAUCAUUACUAUGGAUCUUCAUGAUGCACAAUAUCCUGGUUUCUUUGAUUGUCCUGUUGAUAACCUUACCAGUUUAUAUACUGCCAUUAAUUAUAUUCGUUUAAAUAUUCCUGAUUAUUCAAAUGCCAUUAUUGUUUCUCCUGAUGCAGGUGGAGCCAAAAGAGCCACCGCUAUUGCCGAAAAAUUAUGCAUGGAUUUUGCACUAGUACAUAAAGAACGUCCUAAAGUUCAUUCUCAAAAGAGAGAAUCUAUCCUUGUGGGUGAUGUUCGUGGACGUAACUGCAUUUUAAUUGAUGAUAUUACAGAUACUUCAUAUACCAUCACAAAGGCAGCUCGUUUAUUAAGAGAAAAGGGAGCUCGUAAGAUAUAUGCGCUCGUCAGUCAUGCUAUCCUUUCUGCUGAUGCUGUAAAUCAUAUUGAUCAAAGUGCUAUUGAUGAACUUAUCGUUAGUAACUCAUUACCUCAAGAUCAACAUAUUAAAAACCCAAAGAUAAAGGUCUUUGAUGUCACUCCACUCUUUUCUGAAGCUAUUCGUCGUACUCACUUUGGUGAAUCUCUUUCUCGAUUAUUUGAAGCUUAAUUUUUUCUUUUCUUUACUUUUUUUUCUUUUCUUUUUUUUUUUAGGAAUUAGAACUUAUAGAAUAAGAUACACACAUGCAUACAAUCCACCAAUUCAAC